AUGUUUGUGUUUUAUUCUUUAUUUGUCUACAUAUUCUACACGUUGUUGAAGAGGAAGCCGGAGGAUGAAGCACUGGAGGCAGGAGAUGGUGCGAGUGGUGUUCAGGCUCCUGGGAACAGAACCCCUCGGGAACAGGCCCCUUGGGAUCAGGCCCAUCGGGAACAGGCCCCUUGGGAACAGGCCCCUUGGGAUCAGGCCCCUUGGGAACAGGCCCCUUGGGAUCAGGCCCAUCGGGAACAGGCCCCUUGGGAUCAGGCCCAUCGGGAACAGGCCCCUUGGGAACAGGCCCCUUGGGAUCAGGCCCAUCGGGAACAGGCCCCUUGGGAUCAGGCCCAUCGGGAACAGGCCCCUUGGGAACAGGCCCCUUGGGAUCAGGCCCCGAGGAACAGGCCCCUUGGGAUCAGGCCCCGAGGAACAGGCUCCUGUGAACAGUCCCGUGGGAAAAGGCCCAUCGGGAACAGGCCCCUUGGGAUCAGGCCCCGAGGAACAGGCUCCUGUGAACAGUCCCGUGGGAAAAGGCCCAUCGGGAACAGGCCCCGAGGAACAGGCCCUGAGGAACAGGCCCCGAGGAACAGGCCCCGAGGAACAGGCUCCUGUGAACAGUCCCGUGGGAAAAGGCCCAUCGGGAACAGGCCCCUUGGGAUCAGGCCCCGAGGAACAGGCCCCUUGGGAUCAGGCCCAUCGGGAACAGGCCCCUUGGGAUCAGGCCCCUUGGGAACAGGCCCCUUGGGAUCAGGCCCCUUGGGAACAGGCCCCUUGGGAACAGGCCCCUUGGGAUCAGGCCCCGAGGAACAGGCCCUUGGGAUCAGGCCCCGAGGAACAGGCUCCUGUGAACAGUCCCGUGGGAAAAGGCCCCUUGGGAACAGGCCCCUUGGGAUCAGGCCCAUCGGGAACAGGCCCCUUGGGAACAGGCCCCUUGGGAUCAGGCCCAUCGGGAACAGGCCCCUUGGGAUCAGGCCCAUCGGGAACAGGCCCCUUGGGACCAGGCCCCGAGGAACAGGCCCCGAGGAACAGGCUCCUGUGAACAGUCCCGUGGGAAAAGGCCCAUCGGGAACAGGCCCCUUGGGAUCAGGCCCUGAGGAACAGGCCCCGAGGAACAGGCCCCGAGGAACAGGCCCCGAGGAACAGGCUCCUGUGAACAGUCCCGUGGGAAAAGGCCCAUCGGGAACAGGCCCCUUGGGAUCAGGCCCAUCGGGAACAGGCCCCUUGGGAUCAGGCCCCGAGGAACAGGCCCCGAGGAACAGGCCCCGAGGAACAGGCUCCUGUGAACAGUCCCGUGGGAAAAGGCCCAUCGGGAACAGGCCCCUUGGGAUCAGGCCCCGAGGAACAGGCCCCUUGGGAUCAGGCCCCGAGGAACAGGCCCCGAGGAACAGGCCCCGAGGAACAGGCUCCUGUGAACAGUCCCGUGGGAAAAGGCCCAUCGGGAACAGGCCCCUUGGGAUCAGGCCCCGAGGAACAGGCCCCUUGGGAACAGGCCCCUUGGGAACAGGCCCCGAGGAACAGGCCCCGAGGAACAGGCCCAUCGGGAACAGGCCCCUUGGGAUCAGGCCCCGAGGAACAGGCCCCGAGGAACAGGCCCCUUGGGAACAGGCCCCUUGGGAACAGGCCCCGAGGAACAGGCCCCGAGGAACAGGCCCCUUGGGAUCAGGCCCCUUGGGAUCAGGCCCCGAGGAACAGGCCCCGAGGAACAGGCCCCUUGGGAUCAGGCCCCGAGGAACAGGCCCCGAGGAACAGGCCCCUUGGGAUCAGGCCCCGAGGAACAGGCCCCGAGGAACAGGCCCAUCGGGAUCAGGCCCCUUGGGAUCAGGCCCCGAGGAACAGGCCCCUUGGGAUCAGGCCCCUUGGGAUCAGGCCCCUUGGGAUCAGGCCCCUUGGGAUCAGGACCAGGGAUCUGUUUCCAUGGAAACCAAGACCGGGCCUAGGCAGCCUGAACGCUGUUUCUCUGUCAAGGAUGACCUGUGGGCAGAACUGAUGGACCAGGAAAGUCCCUCUGACAGCGAUGAGGCCAGCGGGAGUGACGAUGAUUGGCUGCUUACUGACGCCGUGUCUCCACUCACUGAAUUCCUUUCACUGAAACAGGAAGCCGCUGGGGGACCAUUUUCACAGGCGGACGAGGAGCGUCUCAAUGGGAAGGUAGCUCAGCAGCGGGACUAG